UGUGUAUCUACCGUGCAGCUAAUGUCAGGGUCAGUGUAGCAGGAAGCAGAGGCUCCUGGCUCCAUCUCCCGGAAGUUAUUGCAUUGCCUGCAGCAGCAGCAGCAGCGAUACAUUGUGUCAGGUUAGGAGGAUCUGAAUCCUGCAGUCACAUAGCAGCAGCAGCCAUGGAGGACAGAUGGAUGCAGCACCGCCUGUGGAUCCUGCCCCUGCUCCUCAGCCUGGCCAUGGUUUGGGGGAGCCAGGCCAUCAGCACCCCAGCACCAGUCCCUCUCUCCAGACCUUGCCAUUUUUUCUCUGGAAGGACUUGUGAAGAAUGCCUGAAAAAUGUCACUUGUCUGUGGUGUACAACGAACAACACAUGCCUGGAUUAUCCUGUGAGAACAGUAUUUCCCCCCUCUUCUCUCUGUGCCAUGUCACAUGCCAGAUGGGGGGCUUGUUGGAUAAACUUUGAAGCACUGAUCAUCGCUAUGUCCGUGGUGUUAGGAGUCCUUCUAUUAAGUGUAACAGCUUGCUGCUGCUAUUGCUGCUACUGCCGGAAGAGUGCUAGUUCUAGGCUAAGACUGGAAGCAGAGGAAGAAAACCUCCUCAGAGAACGCGAGAAGAGGAAACAAUUGUCGGAUGAGAGAAAUAACAAAAGGACCAUAAAACAUAAUGAGAUUCGAAAGAAAUAUGGUCUCCUACAAGAUAUGGAUCAUCCCUACAGCAAAUUUGAUGAUGAAUAAAUCCGGAUAAGAGAUCAGGAUUGGCGCCGUCCAGCUGCAUGAGUAAACCCCCGAAGAUGCUUUUUAGGUCGUUCGAUUAUUUUCACAAUGUACGGAUGUGCAAGUCGUGUGAGGGUUCGCUUUCGUGAUUUCUUUUACACUCCUUAUCAGGCUCAUUGCCUUAUUUCAACCAUUUCUUAUAUUUUGGGUGUGGUACCUAUUUGUGAACGUAACUCUUUUUAUUGUAUUAUUAUUCAUGUUGUGUUUACUAUAUAUUUUUUGUAGUCGCUAUUCCAAGCCCUCACCCUCUGCAAUGUAUUUAACGAUAAUAGAUUGCGGCAUAUUUGAUGAUAUUUUACACAUACGGUGUGUUAGGCCAUAGUAUCUACUUUGUGGAUUCGGGAUUGCCAGCUGCCCAAACGCUAUAUUCUUUGGAAAGUAAAUUUACUGACAUAGUGCAUGCAGCAGGAGUAACCUAUAGCUGCCAAUCUGGUUUUUGCUUAUCCUAGACCUCAUUAAGAACUAGCAUAGUUAAAGCUUAAUUUAUUGGUUUUUUAUCUGCCCUCUUUUGCUAAAUGCAUUGCUUUAUUACGUCCUUCAUUAUAAUACACUAGGGACUUUAUCUGUAGACAGAGUUGUUUAUAUAAUUUAUUGCCAUGGUUACAACGCAUUUCGCCACAUGAAAUACACCUAUUAUAUACUUAUGCUUCCGGAUCUACGCCUUUGAUGCUGUUACAUGUUGCAGGUAAUACGUGGGAUACUUUUUAAAUCUAAAUCUUGCACAUUCUUUGCUCUUUUAUUUUGUAAAACUUUUUUUUAUAUUUCUUUUUGUACUGUUAUUCUGUUAUGGAUAUAAGUGAGCCCAUCGCACACACAUGGUGGAGACGGUUACUGUGUGGGCUAAACGAGUAUUCUGGAGAACACUGCCUAUCGGUUUACUAAGAACUAAUGAUAUUACCGAGGCACGAGGCACCAGCUGCUUUGUACCUUAGGGUAGGGCCACACAUUGCGGCCAAGUGACACACGGGAUUUCAUAGAACACAGUGCGGCUGUGAACACAUACAUUGAAAUGUAUGUGUUGACACUAAAAUCCCAUCGUCCGACCCAGCCGCAGCAUGCUGCGGUUGGAUUUGGCGGUGGCGGGACUGCCGCACAUGUGUGGCCACCUGCAUAGGCACCCAUGUGCAGUCUCCUUCCGGGCAAGCGAGUCCCGCUGAACGGGACCCACUUGGCCGCAAUGUGUGGCCGUACCCUUAGUGAUGUUAGUUAUUAGUGGACCGGAUACAGUUAAGCCCACAAAAUGGCUGCCUCUUCCAUGUGUAGGUGACAGGUACACUUUAAUAAUGUUGUGUCAGUCAGGUUAUUUUUUAUUUUUUUUUGUGUGUGAAAUGUAAUUAAUGACUAUAUUAAAACUUAACACCCAAAUGAA